GCUGGUGACUGGCGGGCGGGGGAGGGCGGCGCAGCGCUGCCUGCCGGCGUGACGGGGGAGGGUGGGGGCGACAUGGAUCCCAACAGGAUCAUCCAGGCCCUCAAGGGCACCAUCGACCCCAAGCUGCGCAUCGCGGCCGAGAACGAGCUCAACCAGUCGUACAAGAUCAUAAACUUUGCUCCCAGUCUACUACAGAUCAUAGUUUCGGAUCAGGUUGAAUUUCCAGUACGUCAAGCAGCUGCCAUUUACCUGAAGAACAUGGUGACACAGUACUGGCCGGAUCGGGAACCACCACCAGGAGAAGCAGUGUUUCCAUUCAACAUUCAUGAAAAUGAUCGCCAGCAGAUUCGUGAUAACAUUGUGGAAGGAAUUAUUCGGUCUCCUGACUUAGUGAGGGCCCAGUUGACAAUGUGUCUUCGUGCUAUCAUUAAGCAUGACUUUCCUGGCCAUUGGACAGCAGUAAUAGACAAGAUAGGCUAUUACUUGCAGUCUCAGAACAGUGGGAGCUGGCUUGGCAGCCUGUUGUGUUUGUAUCAGCUGGUGAAAACUUAUGAAUAUAAGAAAGCAGAAGAGCGAGAUCCUCUCAUAGCAGCAAUGCAAAUAUUCUUGCCUCGGAUUCAGCAACAGAUGAUCCAGCUUCUUCCUGAUAACUCCCACUAUUCUGUACUGCUUCAGAAACAGAUUUUAAAAAUCUUCUAUGCACUAGUGCAGUAUGCAUUGCCACUCCAGCUGGUGAAUAACCAGACCAUGACUCAGUGGAUGGAGAUUUUCCGUGCCAUCAUCGAUAGAAAUGUGCCUGCUGAGACAUUAGAGAUUGAUGAAGAUGAUAGACCAGAGCUGGUGUGGUGGAAAUGUAAGAAGUGGGCAUUACAUAUCGUAGCUCGUCUUUUUGAACGGUAUGGAAGUCCUGGAAAUGUAACAAAAGAAUAUUUUGAAUUUUCAGAGUUCUUUUUAAAAACCUAUGCUGUGGGAAUCCAACAGGUUCUCUUAAAAAUCUUGGACCAGUACAGGCAAAAAGAAUAUAUUGCUCCUCGUGUCCUUCAGCAAAUCUUAAACUAUCUGAACCAAGGGGUCAGUCAUUCUGUAACAUGGAAGCAGAUGAAACCACACAUACAGAGUAUAUCUGAAGAAGUGAUUUUCUCCCUAAUGUGUUAUAAAGAUGAGGAUGAAGAGCUGUGGCAAGAAGAUCCAUAUGAGUACAUUCGCAUGAAAUUUGAUGUGUUUGAAGAUUAUGCUUCCCCUACAACAGCAGCCCAGAAUCUCCUCUACACCGCAGCAAAGAAGCGAAAAGAGGUAUUACCGAAGAUGAUGGCAUUUUGCUAUCAAAUCCUCACAGAACCAAACAUUGACCCCAGGAAGAAAGAUGGAGCAUUGCAUGUGAUGGGUUCUCUAGCAGAUAUUUUAUUGAAGAAGAGUGUAUUCAAGGAUCAGAUGGAGCUGAUGCUACAGAAUCACGUAUUUCCAUUGUUCAUGUCUAACUUGGGGUAUCUCAGAGCUAGAUCCUGUUGGGUUCUUCAUUCAUUCAGCACUUUGAAAUUCCACAAUGAACUCAACCUAAGGAAUGCAGUAGAGCUGACAAAGAAGAGCUUGAUUGAUGAUAAGGAAAUGCCUGUUAAAGUAGAAGCUGCCAUAGCUCUUCAGGCAUUAAUAAGCAAUCAGGAGCAAGCAAAGGAAUAUGUGAAGCCAUAUGUCAGGCCUGUUAUGCAGGAGCUGUUACACAUCGUUAGAGAGACAGAAAAUGAUGAUCUUACUAAUGUGAUCCAAAAGAUGAUCUGUGAAUACAAUCAGGAAGUAGCUACCAUCGCUGUUGACAUGACGCAACACCUGGCUGAGAUAUUUGGGAAAGUUCUUCAGAGUGAAGAAUAUGAGGAAAUGGAGGACAAAACAGUGAUGGCCAUGGGAAUCUUACACACUAUUGACACUAUUCUAACAGUUGUGGAAGAUCACAAAGAGAUAACUCAACAGUUGGAGAGCAUUUGUUUACAGAUCAUUGGCCUCGUUUUGCAGAAACACGUAAUAGAGUUUUAUGAAGAAAUUCUCUCCUUGGCAUACAGUUUGACCUGCCAGAUGAUUUCCCCCCAAAUGUGGCAGCUUCUAGGUGUUCUAUAUGAAGUUUUCCAGCAGGAUUGCUUUGAAUAUUUUGCAGAUAUGAUGCCUCUCAUGCACAAUUAUGUGACCAUUGACACUGAUACUUUACUGUCUAAUCCAAAACAUUUAGAAAUCAUUUACACUAUGUGUAAAAAGGUAUUAACUGGAGAUGCAGGAGAAGAUGCAGAGCGUCACGCAGCCAAACUUUUAGAAGUAAUUGUUCUUCAGUGCAAAGGGCGGGGUAUUGACCAGUGUAUACCACUGUUUGUAGAAGCUGUGCUAGAGCGACUGACUCGAGGAGUUAAAACGAGUGAGCUUCGUACCAUGUGUCUUCAGGUGGCCAUAGCUGCCCUUUACUACAAUCCUGAGCUACUUCUGCACACGUUAGAGAACAUCAGAUUUCCACACAACCCUGAGCCCAUCACAGCACAGUUCAUAAACCAAUGGAUGAAUGACACAGAUUGUUUUCUUGGACUUCAUGACAGAAAGAUGUGUAUAAUAGGACUGAGCAUCUUAAUGGAAUUGCAAAACCGACCUCCUGCAGUAGAUGCUGUGGCUGCCCAGAUUGUUCCUUCAAUCCUGCUCCUGUUUCUGGGAUUAAAACAAGUAUGUGCUACGCGAGAAUUUACAGACCAUGAAGAUCAUGCUAAAGACGAAAAACAUGAUGCAGAAGAUAAUGAAGAGAUCCCAAGCGAUGAAGAGGAGACAAAUGAAGUGAGUCAAGCAAUGCAAGAGAAUCACGGAGGAGGUGAUAGUGGAGGAGGGGAUGAAGAUGAGGAGGAUGACGAUGAUGACUGGGAUGAAGAUGCCUUGGAAGAAACUGCUCUAGAAGGAUUUAGCACUCCUCUUGACCUUGAAGAUGGUGUAGAUGAAUAUCAGUUUUUUACACAAGCACUCUUAAGUACGUAUAUCUCAAAACAUAAGCUAAUAAUCAUUUUUCAUGUACUUCUUACCUGGUACCAUACGCUGACAGCACCACUCAGCAAUGAUCAGAAAAAACAACUGCAGGAAAUUUACACGUUAGCUGAACACCGGCGAAGUGCUGCAGAGACUAAGACAAUAGAACAACAAAGUGGCUACACGUUUGACAAUAAAGGACUGAUCUCAGCAUUUAACUUCGGUGGAAAUGCUCCCGGAGGCAACUAAAGAGAAACUGCAAAGGACUCUGGGAAUGGUUUCAUCAUUACAUGUUGUUAUAAAAUAGUCAUGACUUCUGAGUAUCUGGGGGAGGGUAAUCUGAUGCUCCAGAUGGCUUCCCUUGGGAUACAGCAAUGUGUUUCCCCACCAGACUGCUCUUUCUAACCAGCUACUGUAAUGUUCAAAUUCUUGUGGUGUUUUUAUAAUUUGAUAGACUGAAAAGAAAACAUGUGCCCUCAAGAAAACUGAAUGAUGGGGAGGAGCUAGGUUGAAUCUAGUUGAGUUGCACUUCUCAGGUUUUUGCCAUGCAGAACUGAUGGAUUCAUAUGGAUAACAGUGCCUUCUGUUGUACAUGGAUUAUCUGAACAAAUGAAUUUGAGUUUAUUGCAAUUUUUUAAAUGUAAGAAUUCUUCUAGAUGCACUGUAAGUCUUAGAUCCAUGUUUUCCUGCUACCUGUCAUUUACUACAUGACUUAGUUUGUUUGUCAAUUGCCUAUACAUUGCUGGUUUGAAAAACGUCAUCUCAACUUCCCUCCUUGGUAUAGACCUGUGUAUGCUGGGCAUUGUUUUACAAUUCCAAAAGAUACUCUCAGGUUUUGAAGGGUUCUUCUCAAAAAGACAUCCACAUCCUUGAGAUCUCUCCAUUAAGAGAUAACCCAUUUGAGUUGUGAGGGCACUUGUGGCUUGGCAGGUUCAGAUCAAAACAGACAGUAAUACCAAAUAAUGUUCACCUCCUCACGUGUAUGAGUAAUCAAUCUCUGGCCAUGGCAAGUAGUUGUUCUACAUGACAAAUUGUCUCCUUUCUUGCUGCACACUGGGUUUUAUUUUGGGACCCUGUAAAUUCUUUUUAUUAUUAUUCCAACUGUAGUACUGAAAAUCUGACAUCCAUAACAUUUCAGAGCAAUAAUUUAUCUUAAUGGAAGAGAAAGUCAGUCCAAGUCUUGGUCUUGUACAUCUGAAUUUGCAUCCCAUUUGGCUCCCCCUCCCCCAUGCUGUAAUUCAGUUAUGUUUAAUUUUUCCCAAGUUUAAAAGGUCCGUCUCUUACACUCAAAUGCACAUUAGCACCUAAUUGUAUGUUGUGUUCAUCUAGUAAAACUUGUCUUAGACACCCAAUUAAUUACUGAUUUGCACAGAAACCACUCUUCUACAACUAAGGGAUUAACAAAAUCGAAGUGGAAAUGAUGGGGCACACAUUACAAUGGUUAAGUAUUUUAAAAAUAAGCAUUGAACGUAGAAUCUGUAGUCCAUGUUUCUUUCUUUAUUUGUGAAUGAUCACUUGUUCAGGGCUUGAUAUGAAAGGUUUUAAAAAGCCCUUUCCUGGGGUUUGAAAAGUCCAGCCCCUCCUUCUUUCCCUGUCAUCUCUUCAGCUUCUGCAAAGGUACUGUCAUUGGACCCUGCUCAAGGCUCUCAUCUUUUCUACUAAUCUUUCUAGUAGAUGCUCCCAUUGCUCAGCAGUGAAAAAAAUCUUUCCUGUUUUCCCUUUUCUGCCCCAGAAUCUUUUUCCUGCUGCAACUGCUGCAUGAAGAAGGGAGUUCUGCUGCCCUCCUUAGCAUUCCUACCUACUGUUCUGGGGAUCCUGUGUCUGCUACUUUACCCUUCCUUCAGCCUCAGUGUUAGGUCCUCUCCAGUGGCCUGCUCUGACACUGCUUCAUUUUUUCCCCCCAAAUCAGCCCCAGAAUGAAAUUGACUUGGUUCAUGUUAGUUUUUCACUGCUGCACUCAGGGUUUUGAAUAGCAGCUGUGAAGAAAACUCACAUUUCUUAUUCCUGCUUUCUCUGCUAAAGCCAGAGAAAACUGAAUACUUGGAAAGACAGGCUCCUGGGCCUUUGCUAAUAAAAUGGUAAGUGAUUUUGGAGGUGCAAUAUGAGACCUUUCAAAUAGAUUUGAUUAUCAGAGGGCAGAUGCUCAGUACUUUUUGAAAAUCAGGCCCCAAACUCAUUGGUCAUUUUCAAAGAUUUAGGUCUGGAGAUACCUACUUAAAGUGUUAGGGAGACAUCACGGCACACUACACCACUUUCCAGUCAGUUCGCAGGUGGGUUUCUUUACAACCAUAAAACUAGAAACUUGUUCACAAUUCAAAACAAAAAUUAUUCAGACGUCGAUGGCACUGAUUUCUCUACACACACAUUGGAAGCUUCCUUUUUGCCAUUGGGCAUCUGGCAAGUGGAGUUUUUAAAGUUUAUGUUAAUUUAUGUAUAAAAUGUUAGAUUGUCCAUCAAUGGGAUUUCCUUUAAAAUCGAUUGUCUUUCUCUCCUCCCAUCAAAACUAAGAAAAGGAAUUUUUUUCUUCCAUGAAUGAAGGUAAUUGUAUAAUCAAAAGUUUUCAGGAGUUGUUGAAGCAGAAAUCUACCAAUGUAUAGCGUUAUCCUUGUGUUUACCCUCUGAGUCAUGGUUGUUCCUUUAACUCUGCUGCUUGUAUAAUUUUCAAAUGAACAGCCAAGGAAACUUCAUCCAGAUGUUUUUUACAAUGGAUUUAAAUUGCUAUGUGGUACCUCACAGUUGUGAUCAGUGGGGAGAUUUUAGAGGAUGGUGCAUAAAAGGGUUAAUAGCAUUCUCCUUCCCAGAAGAUGGAGUAAAUGUUUCUAUAAACAUAUAUUAUACCCUUUUUGAAAAAGUAUUCAAUUAAAAGAAAUAGUCCAAGAUUUAUUGGACUCCAGACUCCCCUUUACAUGUGGUUCUCUUUUAAUAUGAUAAAUAUGCCUUCAUACGCAAUCAUACUAAGUAAAGGAUUGUAGGGAUUUCUUCUUGAGAUGUGUCCAGCUUGUACUACGUUUUGUACAAAUGUGCGUUACUGUCUCGUAUUGAAGCUGGUGUGAUUGUGGAACACCCAGUAUCAGCAUCAUUGAACUGAGCAAGAUGUAGUUGCCCUUGGAAAUGCAGAGACUAAUGAAUGUAUUGUGAAAUAAAACAGAUUGAUAAAAGUAA